AGUGGUAUUAAAGCAGAGUACAUAUUCAUAUUACUCAAACCAUGAAUGAGUGAAAUAUAGACAUUUUUUCCCGUCAACCGUUUUUCUUCUCUUAUUAAAACAUUGUGCUUUGUGUCGAUCCUUUGAUUGCUAAUGGAACAAGGUGGCGAUAAGAGAAAGAAUGACAAUGGUGAUAACAGUAGCGAGGACGUCCACAAACGGAGAAAAUUAAACGAGGUCAAACCCAGUGGAUUUGAACGAGAAUUAGCAAAACUUGGAAUAGCCGAGAAUCCUACAUCAAAAUGGCGACGACCUCCCCUGCCGGUUAUAGAUGAAGCAAAUGAUAACAUUUUGUUUCAACAACUAGACAUCGACCAUUACAUAGGUAAGCCACAUCCCGGGAUGCCUGGUUCUAAAGUUGGUCCAGUUCCCAUAGCUCGUAUGUAUGGUAUAACGAUGGAAGGAAACAGUGUCCUCUGUCAUGUUCAUGGCUUUGUUCCAUACUUCUUUGUUCCUGCUCCUUUGCAUAUGAAAAGGGAUGAUUGCCAUCUAUUCAAAGAUGCACUCAACAAAGCUGUGUUGAAAGAUAUGAGGUCAAAUAAAGACAAUGUCACGCAGGCAGUGCUUGCUGUUGAUAUUCACCUGAAGGAAAGUAUCUACGGUUAUCAUGGAAACAGAAAGAUACCAUUUCUCCAAAUCACGAUGGCUCUACCGAAGCUGGUUGCACCAGCAAAAAGAUUGUUAGAGUUUGGUAUUAGAUAUGACGACAAUCCUGAGAGAGCUUACACAACGUAUGAAAGUAAUGUUGAAUUCGAGGUUCGUUUUAUGGUUGAUACUGCAGUUGUUGGUUGUAACUGGAUCGAACUUCCUGCUGGGAAAUAUCACGUGAGAAAUUCAGAAUCUGGAAAGAUUUCAAGAUGUCAGUUGGAAGUCGAUAUUGCUUGGGACGAUUUCAUUAGUCAUCCUUGUGAAGGAGAGUGGCAAAAGAUUGCACCUGUGCGCGUACUUAGUUUUGAUAUUGAAUGCGCUGGUCGCAAAGGAAUUUUUCCCGAGCCCGAAAAGGAUCAAGUUAUUCAGAUAGCCAACAUGGUCAUACGGCAGGGAGAGAAAGAUCCCUUCGUUAGAAAUGUAUUCACGCUUGAAACGUGUGCCUCAAUCAUUGGAUCCGAAGUGAAAUCGUACAUGGACGAGAAGCAUUUGCUCAAGGAAUGGUCGAAAUUUGUCAGCGAAGUUGAUCCUGACGUCAUAACCGGCUACAACAUUGUGAACUUUGACCUUCCUUAUUUACUUAAUCGUGCGUUGACGCUUAAGCUGUCGGACUUCUCGUUAUUGGGAAGGAUUAAAGAUGAUAAAAGUACGGUAUCGACCACCACGUUCCAGUCACGUGCUUACGGAAAGCGAGAAAAUAAAGUCAUCAACAUAACUGGCCGUGUGCAGUUCGAUCUUUUACAUAUAUUGCUGAGAGACUAUAAGCUUCGAUCGUAUACGUUGAACUCUGUGAGCUAUCACUUCUUGCAGGAGCAGAAAGAAGAUGUCCCACAUUCGAUAAUCACAGAUUUACAGAAUGGAAACGAACAGACCCGUCGAAGGCUGGCUGUAUACUGCCUGAAGGAUGCCCUACUUCCUCUACGACUUUUAGAGAAACUCAUGUGCAUUAUCAAUUACAUGGAGAUGUCACGUGUGACUGGUGUACCCUUCAGUUAUCUACUUUCAAGAGGGCAGCAGAUCAAAGUCGUUUCUCAGCUGUUGCGUAAAGCUCAAACUCAAGAUUUGGUCAUUCCUACCCAGAAGAUAGAGCCUGGGGAAGAAUAUGCGGGUGCCACAGUUAUAGAACCUUCGAAAGGAUAUUAUGAUUCACCUAUUGCAACUUUGGAUUUCUCGUCUUUAUAUCCUUCAAUCAUGAUGGCUCACAAUUUAUGUUAUACAAGUUUACUUAAUGAACAUAACAUCAAAGAACUUGCAUCUGAUGAAUAUAUCAAAACACCAUGUGGAUCUUAUUUUAUCAAACCGUCAAAAAGAAAGGGAAUCUUACCAGAAAUCCUCGAGGAUUUGUUGGGAGCAAGAAAGAAGGCGAAACUAGAUUUAAAAAAUGAAACGGACCCAUUUCGAAAAAAGGUACUUGACGGUCGCCAGUUGGCUUUGAAAGUGAGCGCUAAUUCUGUUUACGGUUUUACUGGUGCUCAAGUUGGUAGACUACCUUGUCUGCAAAUUUCGUCGAGUGUUACAGCUUUUGGAAGAAUGAUGAUUGAAAGAACGAAAGAAUUGGUUGAAGAAAAGUUUACGAUAGCUAAUGGUUAUAAACAUGAUGCCAAGGUUAUUUAUGGUGACACAGACUCUGUUAUGGUAAAAUUUGGCACGGAAACUGUUGCAGAAAGUAUGGAGCUUGGAAAAGAAGCUGCUUCGUACGUCACGUCACAUUUUAUUCAACCAAUCAAACUUGAGUUUGAAAAAGUGUAUUUCCCGUAUCUUCUCAUCAGCAAAAAGCGCUAUGCAGGAUUGUUUUUCACAAAGGCCGAAACAUAUGAUAAAAUGGACUGCAAGGGGAUAGAAACGGUCAGACGUGAUAACGCGCCGUUGGUGGCCAGUCUUAUAAACAGCUGUUUACAAAAAAUCUUAAUUGACAGAGACCCGAUGGGUGCAGUUGAGUACACCAAACAAGUUAUAUCAGAUCUACUGUGCAACCGUAUAGAUAUAUCACAAUUGGUCAUUACUAAAGAACUAACCAAAACAGGUGAAGAAUACUCGGCUAAGCAAGCCCAUUCUGAGUUGGCCGAAAGAAUGAGGAAAAGAGACGCGGGAUCAGCACCAAAGUUGGGUGAUCGUGUCCCUUACGUUAUUAUUGCUGGAGCUAAAGGAAUGGCUGCUUAUCAAAAAGCUGAGGAUCCUAUUUACGUACUAGAAAACAACAUACCCAUCGAUACGAGUUAUUAUCUUGAAAAUCAGUUGACCAAUCCUCUGUUGAGGAUAUUUGAGCCUAUUCUUGGCGAAGAUAAAGCAAAAUCGAUUUUGUUCAAGGGAGAACACACAAGAACGAAGACAGUUAUAGCUUCAAGUAUUGGCAAGUUGGCAUUUUUUGCCAAAAAACGCAGCACUUGCAUUGGAUGUAAAACUGUGCUAGACGAUGACAGUGCGGUUUGCAAACACUGUAAAAGCCAAGAGUCGAUGAUUUAUCAAAAAGAGAUUGCCAGCUUGAAUUAUUUGGAGGAGAAAUUCUCCCGACUUUGGACACAAUGUCAGGAAUGUCAAGGAAGCUUUCAUCACGAUGUUCUUUGUACGAGUCGAGAUUGUCCUAUAUUCUACAUGAGAAAAAAGGCUAAAAAAGACUUGGUAGAUCAGCAUAAAAUGGUGGCAAGAUUUGGAAAUUGCUCCUGGUGAUUCCUCGGUUAAAUUGUAUGAAGACAUUCUAAGAGUAUUUUCCAAGAUGCUGCCUUAGUUAAAUUAGAGAUGAGAUUCGUGUGUAAAUACAUGCAUGACGGUUAAACAAUGUCAUAUUUUAUUUUAAGUUUAUUGUGAAGUUCAAGUUCUUUUUUUCAUUAUAAAAUCCUGGAGUUUGCUCUGUACAAAGCUCAAACCUGCUCAUAUUAAUUUUCUAUAACCGAAAUUAUAGAAUAUACUUUGUAAAAAAAGAAA